AGCAUUAGCUAUAAGCUGGUAGUAGACCGCCGGUCUUGUUCAUCAAUAAUCACAACUGCAACCGACUUUCCAAGCAGCUUCCAUUCAGCGCUUUAAACAGAGUUGCUUCCCUGCCACAUUCAAUCUUUUUAUUGGCCAGCCUCUAUUGUUCAACUCUUUUCAAGGGAAAGAGAAUGACAUCACCUUUUUAAACCCUGAGCCUGCCUAUGAUUGGCCGAUGAGGUAACCAAGGUCUUUUUUUCUGACUUUCCUCUGCUUCACACACCCUUUGGAAAAGAAUUAAGUGGCAGUAACGUGAGGAAGGAUGGUUGCUGGGAAGAAGCUGGAUUAGAAUUCUACAAGCUGCACUUUUUAAAAGAACAUCCUGGCACCAGUUGAAACUUGCUGCAUAGAGUCCAGCUUCCUUUUCAGUCCAUUAGGCCCAGCAUGAAAUAAGACUCCUCUGGUGCAACUGAGAUGGAGGUGCUUAACACCACUAAUGCAUCUGAAAUGGAGACCCUUGUCAAUGGUGAGAGUGGUCAGCAAGUUAAACAGGAAAACCAAAGCCUGCAAGAGACACCUGCAGCAUCACCAGUAAACAAAAAAAGCAAUGUUAAAACAGCAGUAGUGAAGCCUAGGACUGUGAAAAGCACCACAGAUGGUUCAACAACAACAAAACAAGGGACCUCAAGCAAACCAAGCUCUCCGUCCAAACCAGCACCUCUACGUAGUAAGCCUACCAGUGGGACCACUAAACCUACAGCUGAUUCUAGCAAGACCAGUAGUGGCACCAAAAGAUUGAGUGCUGUUGGCAAGACAGACAGCAGUGCAGGCAAAAAUCUAACAAAUGGAGUACCUAAAAGGCCUGCUGCACCAGAUAGGAAACUGCCACCUGUGUCUCAAUCCAAGACAAAACCAGCAAGCCUGGCACAAACAAAAGACAAAAAUGCAUCUACAAAGAUAAUUAAUGGGCCCUCCGGUACCACUGAAACUCAAGAUAAAAAGGUAGAUGCAGGUACAGAAAAGACAGAAAAAGUACAAAGUGUGAAGAAAUCUACAAGUACAACUUCCAGCACAGCAAAACCGAAGACCAACAUAACAGCUGUGAAGACUUCCAGUUUUCCUCUGUCCAAAGGAACAGUUGGAAGUACCAAGCCAGAAAAACCUGUACCAAGUAAAACAGAAAGAAGUGUGGGAUCAGCACCCAGCAGCACCAAGCCUUUGGGACCUUCUGCAGCUAAGACAUCAGCCAAGCCGCCAGCAGCUGUCAAAGUUAAGAAGGCACCAGUCAGUAGUGGCACCACUGCUCCCUCUGGUGGUGAGAAUACUGCAUCUCUGCCCAAGAAAACACCAACUGGACAAAAAGAAAAUGCCAAGACUGCAGCUGUAUCCAGAAAGCAAGUCCCCAGUUCUGAAAGCAAAAUAGCAUCUGUGAAAUCUGCAAAAAAAGAACCUGUCAAACCUGGGACACGCAGCACACCCACAGGUCAAAAUACUGAAGCAAGUAAAAACCUCCAAACCACUCCUAAUUUAAAAAGUCCCGACAAGGCCAAAGUACGUCUGCAGCAGUCUGCAUCUCUUAAAAGUUCUUCCCAGAAGGAGAAAAGUAGUCCUCGCCCUAAUACUUUGCCUCCCAAACCUGCUGCUCAAAGAACGCCAACUUCCACAAAAUCUGAAACCUCUGUAAAAGCAGUCCCAAAAAAGAAACUGGUUGUUAAUGCGGUUACAACUUUAACACAUAAAGAGCCUGAAGACAGAGGUGGUGCCAGUACCAAAGAAGCUGUAGUGAGUGGAUCUGAAAUCCCCACCAAAGAGACUGAGGAUGUGCAAGCUUCCUUACAGGUGGAAGUGAAUGCACAAGAAAGUGUAGAGUCAUGCAAGAUGGAAGCCUCAGAUGUUAAACUAACUGAAGAAAUGCCAGUAACUACAGAGAUCUUGCAUGAGGAGGUACUUCUGGAGAAGGCACUUCCAGAGAUGGAGACAAAGAAGGUGAUGGUAUAUUUAGAGGAGGAGAUGCCCAAGGCAGACGAGAUGCCAGAGACUUUGGUAAUGUCUGAAACUCUGGUGCAUCCUGAGCUGGAGACAGAGAAAGUGCUAAUUGAGGAAAAACAAAGAGAGUAUGUGCUGACUAAAAUGCUUCCUGGAACUGAGGCAGAGAAGGAAGUGCUGCCAGAGUCUGUGAUGAUUCCUGUGGCGGAGGCAGAGAAGCAAGUGCUGCCAGAGGCGGAGGUGAUCCCAGUCACGGAGGCAGAGAAGCAAGUGCUGCCCGAGGUGGAGGUGAUCAUAGUCACGGAGGAGGAGGAGAUGCCCGAUGUGGAGGUGAUCCCAGUCACGGAGGCAGAGAAGCAGGUGCUGCCCGAUGUGGAGGUGAUCCCAGUCACAGAGGCAGAGAAGCAAGUGCUGCCCGAUGUGGAGGUGAUCCCAGUCACGGAGGCAGAGAAGCAAGUGCUGCCCGAGGUGGAGGUGAUCCCAGUCACGGAGGCGGUGGAGGUGAUCCCAGUCACGGAGGCAGAGGAGGAGGAGAUGCCAGAGGUGGAGGUGAUUCCAGUCACGGAGGCAGAGGAGGAGAUGCCAGAGGUGGAGGUGAUCCCAGUCACGGAGGCAGAGAAGGAGGAGAUGCCCGAGGUGGAGGUGAUCCCAGUCACGGAGGCAGAGAAGGAGGAGAUGCCCGAGGUGGAGGUGAUCCCAGUCACAGACGUAGAGAAGGAGGAGAUGCCAGAGGUGGAGGUGAUCCCAGUCACAGAGGUAGAGAAGGAGGAGAUGCCAGAGGUGGAGGUGAUCCCAGUCACGGAGGCAGAGAAGGAGGAGAUGCCCGAGGUGGAGAUGAUCCCAGUCACUGAGGCGGAGGAGGAGGAGAUGCCCGAGGUGGAGGUGAUCUCAGUCACGGAGGCAGAGAAAGAGGAGAUGCCAGAGGUGGAGGUGAUGCCAGUCACGGAGGCAGAGGAGGAGAUGCCAGGGGCGGAGGUGAUGCCAGUCAUGGAGAAGAUGCCAGAGGUGGAGGCUAUCCCUGUGAUGGAGGUAGAGAAGGAAGAAUCUGAGCUACCUGAGAAAAUGUUGCAAGAAACCAAGUCUGAUAAAGAGGUGAUGCUUCAAGACAGAGAGGAUUUGGACAUUGUAAAUGAAAUGCUUUGUUCAGGAGAAAUUGAUACCUGUGACCAAAUGAAGGAACUCCACAUGUAUGAUCAGAAAGAAAGUGACAAAGUGUGUAUUGAUGAUUUCAUUGAAGACAGAACUGUUGAAUUCCAUCUACAUGCGGAAAAUGUUGCAGUCACGCAGUCUGUGCAAGACUCUUGGGAAAAUACAGAACUUGGUCCUCAAGAUGGCUUAAAAGAAAAAUCGACUUUAAAUGGUGAGCAUCAAAAAAUAGGAAUGUUGCAUCCAGCUGGUGAAAGAGAAGGGAUUGCAGAGCUACGUUUUAGUGAAGAGAGUGCUGUUAGAGGUGUCAAGGAGCCGUUGUGUACAGAAAGUACACCAGGUGAAGAGAACAUUUCAAGACCUUGUUCUGAAGUGUUGUCUUUCAGUUUGCUUGGAAGUGAGCAGAAGGUGGAAGAGCCCUGCACAGAAAACGAAGAUCUGCAUGGGAAUGUUUUGAGUUUAGGAGUUGGUAGCUCACCUUCAAGCACUGAAAGAUUUUCAGAUGAAGUAUCUGUAAAGCAACACUUGAUAGCCUCACCAGAGGAUAGUAAUCUUCUUACCUCAAGAGUGCAGACAGAGGCUUUCUCUGCAUCUCUGUCUGAAUAUGAAGAGAAGUAUCUGAAAGAAGAGCAGGUUAUGAAUAAGGAUGAGAGUUCUGUUGACAGAGUUCAGCAAGAAACCAGUGAACAGUGUGGGUUUAUUGCUCCACAUGUUGGAACAGUGGAGUUUAAGGAUCUAAAAGAGAAAAGUUUGCCAAGUGAAACUGAGGAAUUGGUAAGUGGAUCUGAGCAGCAGAAUAAAGAUGCCUUGCUUAAUGUCCAGCUGGCGAAUGCUGAAGAAUAUCCACCAGCUUUUGCAGAAAAUGUAGAUGUGUUGCAUGAUCGAGAAAAGGAUUAUGAGGAAAUUGCAUCUAGAGAACAGCGUGAGUGGAGUGAAGCAAAAGGCUGCACUCCUGCUUCUCCUGAAGGUGUAAUGAAAGUAGACUUAAAAGAGCAUUCAGCAAGUGAAGAAAAUUCUUAUUUUACAAUGUGUAGUGAAGAUCAGCUACAAGAAAAUGUUCGUAUGCAAGUGCAUGGAGAACAGGAAGCCUUAUUGCUACUAGCUGAUUCUCACUUAAAGGGAAAGUCUUUCCCUUGUGAAGAGAUGGAAGAAAUUAAUGAUUAUGAAAGUGUUGCACAGUUCCGGACUGAAAGUACAAAUGAGGUGGGGUUGGCUACAGUUAAUCUGAGUGCAGAGAGAGGCAUAAAAGUGGAGGAGUAUUUCAGUGAUUCAAAUGUGAACGAAACUGUACAAGCAAGCAAAACUGAUGAAUAUGCAGAGCCUGACAAAACCUCUCUCCUUAAUGCCUAUUUGGAAGAGAAAACUGAUUCAAUUGUGGUGAUUUGUGAAAGUGAAAUGGAGGGAACGAGCUUGGAUUACAGGAAGAAACUAACGCAUGCAGAAGAGGCUGCUGUUUCUGAAGCUGUGGAUGAAAUGGUUUGCGUACCUGUUGGAGUAGUCUCUGUUAAUGAAAGAUGUGAAAUGAGUCCACAGGGGUAUGCACUACCAGAAGUAGCCAGUUCAGAAGUUGAACAUUCCAUGCCUCCAGAAAUGCAAAUAUUUAAAAAUGUGGAUUAUUCAAAAAAACCUGAGCAAAAAGUUCCUUUUGGUGACAGUGAGUGUGAUCAAAAGGCAGUGGUCAAGCAAUAUGAACAGACUUCAUCUGAAGAAAAAAAUGAUGCAUCUGAAGAAGAAACUGAUGCAUCAGAUACAGUAGCACAAGGCUAUGAGCAUCCUCCAAGAAGCUAUGAAAUGCCAAAUGUAGGCCUAGAACUGCCUUUAGAUGAGCUCUGUUUACAUCAGUUAAGAGAAUCCCAGACUUUAAGCAAAGACAUGCACUCUGUAGUAAAGCCUCAGACACUGCCAGUGCAGUUUGAAAGUUCCAGUGAGCAAAAUGUUGUGCCACCCCCUGAACAUGAAAAUACAACCUUUGUAGAUCUAGAAAGUGUGGGUCCUGAAGAUCAGUCCCCUGAAAAGGGACCUUCACAUUCCAGUACACUGAGUGGUGCAGAACUUGCAGGGAAAAGCAGCAGUGAAACUAGCACCCCAGAAGAGCUUAGAGAUUAUGAUAGCAGUUCUGGGGUUGAGUCAAGGUCAGAAGAAAAACUAGAGUAUUUCUUGGACCACACAGACUCCCAAAUCAACAAAUUCAGUAGUCCGUUAGAUGAACUGCCAGGAGAUCAAGAUUUGGGAAUUCACUUGGAAAAGGGUGAUGAAGCAGAAACCAUACCUGCUGAUGAGUUGUUGGGAGACCCACCAACAGAACCCACAGUAUCCUCAGAAGAUGACCACUCUGAUGCAGAUGAAGAUUUAAUAAAAGAGACUAUGCUGCAGGGGAUAGAUAACCCUGUUUUUGAAGAGAAAAGCAAGCAGUCUUCUGUUCUUGAGGUUGAAGUGUGCAAAUCCCCUGGAUUUCAUGUGGAAGGGUCUGAAGAUCAAGCAUUCUCUGAAACACCAGUUUCUGAUGAAGCAGAAACUCCAGUUUCUGAUGUGGAAAAUGAAAUGCCACCUUUGAAAGAGGCAGAACCUAAGGAUCUGACAUGCAAUAUAAAAGUAGCCUCUGGGGUUUUGUCCUCUGAAGCAGCAGGGGUUGACUUGGUAGCUAUUGCUUGUGAGGCUGACAUGCACAAUUAUGAGGCUUUGCCAUUGAAAUAUGUGCCUUUUGAUAAAAUGGAAGAUUUUAAAGCUCUGCCAUCAGAUGCAGGAGGAGUAGAAUCUGUUUUACCUUUGGAUGAGGAAGAAGCAGAACUUGAGACUCUGCCCUACACUGCAGAAAGAGUGACAAGAGCAUCAGAUGCAGCAGGGCUAGAUGUGCAUUCUGCGCACUUUUCCAAUUCCCCUACAUCGGAUUUAAGUCUUACUUGCAACAUUCCUGUUGAAGCUGAAUCCUUGUCUGAAAGUGACCAGGUAACACCUGAUAUUACAUCUGAGACAACUCCGACUGAGUCUGACCAUCACUGUUCCCCCAAAUCUGAUAUUUUAAUUGAUCAUAUGCAUCUCCAUAAAUUGAAUGAAGCUGAAUCUCGGCUGAGCAGCAAGUGGGACCACAGCAUGCUACUGGAAGAAUCUGGUAACCUAGUUUCUGACCAUUUUGGAUCUGCUGGAAGCAAGGCAGGUUCUCUUUUUGGAGAAGACUUUAGCAGCCCAUUAAGGCAUGUCGUGGCUGCAGCUGUGGAUGAAGAACAUGCACAAGGUUAUUGCUCUGCAGCUUGUGAAAAGACUGAUAGUGAGGUGCCAGGUAAUGUAUAAAAGCUGUAGAGUAGAUUUUUUUUUAUUGCUCUAAGUGCCACUGCCAAGUGUGUAAAGGCUAACCUGUAUGUGCAAUAGUCGCUAAUAUUGAAGGGAAAUUUUAGGCCUGGUCUGAACUAUAUUCAGAGGGGACCCCAGCACUGAAACCCUGUUUUCAUAUUCCUUUCGUCUCCUCCCAGAGUAUGUUCCUUUUUGUGUGUCAGAUUGUUUGUCCUUUUUAUUGUUAGCAUUUAAAAUAAAGUUAAUAAACUUGGGUAUUUGUAUUUUCA